CCAAAACUUGUAUAAAUAAGCAUUCCGAUCUUCAGCUUCUUCAUCAAUCACCAUAGCACAGCGAUCAUGGUUAUCAUUUAUAUAUUUCUAUUCCUCUCCUCAGCCUUUUUAGAUUCAAAUGGAUUUGCAACGGCCCAAAAGUUGGAUGCAAUUGGUGGGAAGGGAGGGAAGCUGUGGGAUGAUGGACGUGACCAUGACAAUGUAGCAAAGGUUUAUAUACGAGGUGGUCUUGAAGGCAUACAAUACAUCAAAUUUGAUUAUGUCAAAAGUGGACAAUCUAUAGAUGGAUCAAUCCAUGGUGUUUUGGGUAAUGGUUUCACACAUAUGUUCGAUAUUGAUUACCAAAACGGUGAACAUAUUGUAUCCGUGGACGGUUACUACGACAAAUCCGGUGUGAUGCAAGCACUUGAAAUCAAAACCAACAAGAAAACUUCUGAAGUGAUUGGAUAUCCAAAGGGUAAUACAAAGUUUUCACUUGGUGGGGUAAGCGGCAAGAUGAUCACUGGUUUCCAUGGAUCCGCAGAUAAAGCCCUAAAUUCCAUUGGAGCAUAUUUCACAAAAGUUCCUCCUACUAAGUCAGAACUCGUAGGUGGUUGGGGAGGCGAAUAUUGGGAUGAUGGUCCUAAUUAUGACGGCGUAAGAAAGAUUUCUGUUACUUUUAUUAGCACUGUUAUAAGGAGUAUCGACACGGAUUAUGAAAAAGACGGACAAGUUGUGACAAGUCACCAUGGGAACAAGGAGGGAGAGACACAGGAGUUUGUGAUAGACUAUCCAAAUGAAUAUUUGACAUCAGUGGAGGGUACGCACAACUAUAUCCUAUUCCCGGAUCAUUACGUUUUGGUCAUUACGUCGUUGAGUUUCAAAACAUCGAAAGGGAGAGUCUCUCCCACAUAUGGGGUUGUUUCGGGUACCAAAUUUGUGUUGGAGAGUCAAGGUAAUGCUAUUGUAGGAUUCCAUGGGAGAGAUGGUGGUGCUUUCGAUGCUAUUGGUGUUUAUUUCUCUCCGAUAUGAUUCCUUCGUAAUUCGAAACUGCAAAAGGUUAUCGGAACGUAAAUGGUUCACUUAAAAACUGUAAAAGGCCGCUUAUAUAUCAUCCAUUGUAUCUUUUAAUGUUUUAACUUUACUGUACUUGUUUCCGACCUUAUUUAAAUCACAUAUUGUCUUUUGAGUUUGCAAAUCUAAUGUAAUAAAACAAGGGAUAAUU